AUGGAUUCAGCCUUCCAGAAGGAACUCACCUGCUUCAUCUGCUUGAAGUACCUUACAGAUCCUGUCACCAUAGGCUGUGGACACAGCUUCUGUCAGGCCUGUGUCUGCCUUUCCUGGGAAGGAGCCAAAAUUCCUGCCCGUUGCCCCAUAUGCAGGAACACAUCAGAGCAAACAGAGUUCAGAACCAAUAUUCUACUGAAGAAUCUGGUGUCCCUUGCCAGACAAGCCAGUCUCUGCCAGUUCCUGAGCUCUGAGAAACAGAUGUGUGGGACACACAAGGAGACAAAGAAGAUGUUCUGCGAAGAGAGCAAGAACCUGCUCUGUUUGCUCUGCUCUAACUCUCAAGAGCACGAAGCUCACAGUCACUGUUCCAUAGAAUGCGCUGUUGAGGAAUACCGGUAUUAUGUGUGUCUACUGUCAGAGAUUAUCAGCUCUGAGUAUCAGAAAUUGCAUCCGAUUCUCCUUGAGGAAGAAAAACAACAUUUAGAGGGACUGAAAAAUGAAGGCAAGGAGAUAUUACAGCAACUGAAGAAAAGUGAAGCCACAAUGGUUCAAAAGGGGAGGCACCUGAGAGAAAUGUAUGAGGAGCUGAUGAAUAUGUGCCAUAAAUCAGAUGUGGAGUUGCUCCAGGAUUUGGGAGACAUUUUGACAAGGAGCGAGUCCAUGCAGCUGAACAUGCCCCAGCCUGUGAACCCAGUGCUCAGUGCCUGGCCCAUCACUGGCCUGAUAGACAGGUUCUGCCAGUUCCGAGGUAUUUGUUUCUUCUGCACAUCCACCGAUACCCUUCAAUCUGAUAUUUUCUGGCUAGAGUAUAAAAACAGAUUUUUCCUGAAAUAUUCUCUUUUUUCCACAGUGGAAAUUUCCUUCAGUUAUGAAAUAAGCAGUCAGAAUAUCAUGCUGUUUGAUGACGUGAGAAGUCUGAGGCUUAGACGUGACCUUCAAGAGGCACCUUUUCCUUCUGGAAGAUCUCACUACUUUGCUGCAUGGGGAGACCAGGCCUUCACCUCUGGAAAAUACUACUGGGAGAUAGAAGUGGACAGCUCUUGGGACUGGGCUGUAGGAGUCUGUAAGGAUACUUGUUUAAGGAAGGACAGCUCAAGGGUCCCGUCUGAGGACACUUUUCUUUUUUUAUGUGUGAAGGAGGAUAAUCGUUACAAUCUCUUGACCACCUCCCCAGUGCUUUCUCAGUAUAUAGAGAAACCUCUGGGGCGGGUAGGUGUGUAUGUAGAUUUUGACAGUAGAAGUGUGAGUUUUGUUAAUGUUGCCAAAAGUUCCCUCAUAUGGGCAUACCCAGCUUGCUCCUUCAAUUAUCCCCUCAGGCCUUUCUUUUACACUGGCCACACAUGAUCAUGGUCAAGUCAUAUCUGAGGGACCCCUUCCCAACUGAAGCUGAUAAAUAAUAUUUUACUGUCUUUUACGUUGUUCUCCUUUAAUGGAACAUUUUGCUAUUGAUUAUGUUGGUAGACUGAAUUGAAAACUUUUGUUAGUUCAAUUUUCUUUACAUUAAAAUAAUCUCUCACAGCACAUUAUAUGAAAUAUAUGCUGUGGUUAUUCAUGUGUUUUAUGAGCUUUGUGGCCUUAGAAGCAUAUAUAGUACCCAAAAAACCCACUGCCGUUGAGUCGAUUCUGACUCAUAGUGACCCUAUAGUGCAGAGUAGAACUGCCCCAUAGAGUUUCCAAGGAGCGCCUGGCAGAUUCGAACUGCCGACCCUUUGGUUAACAGCCGUAGCAUUAUGUCAGUCUGGAAUAUUCUUCUCCAUCAU